AACAUAAAAAAAAACUUUUUUAACGGAUGUUUAUAUAAGAUUAUUUUUUUAUUUAUGAGACAAAACUGGAGUCUCCACCUCAGAGGAGUUUAAAGGGAGGAAAAAAAAGGAGCCAGCCGUUGCACUCGCAUGACGUUCGAAUCCACAGCCGUAAGCGCCGUCGCUUCGCCUCUCCUCCGAAAUUCCCACGUCAAACGACCUCAAACUAUCGUCCAUCUCCUGCGGUCAUGCAUCUCCGGCCAAACCCCCCGCCUCCAUCUCCAACCGAUCCACGCCCAAUCCAUCAUCGCCGGUCUCCGAUCGGACCUCUUCGUCAACAACCUGCUACUGAAUGGAUACUCGAAAUCUGGCCUCCUUGGACAUGCGCAGAAAGUGUUCGAAGGAAUGCCAGAAAGAAAUAUGAUCUCCUGGUCCUCGACGAUCUCCAUGUACACCCAGCACUGCAGAGAGGAAGAGGCCCUCUAUCUCUUUUCCUCCUUUCGAAGGUCCUCUUCCGAGAGCCCGAAUGAGUUCAUCCUCGCCAGUGUCCUGCGAGCCUGUGUUCAAUCAGGGGCUGUCGAUCACGCUGCUCAAGUCCAUGGCCUUGCAGCAAAGUCGGGUUUUGAUUCGGAUGUCUUCGUGGGUACUGCCUUGAUCAACUUCUACACGAAAAUUGGAAGCAUGGAUGAGGCGAUGUCGAUAUUUUAUGAGCUUCCGGUGACGAAUUCAGUGACUUGGACGGCGGUCAUCACGGGUUAUUCACAGAUAGGGAAGAGUGCGACAUCCCUACGGUUGUUUAACCAAAUGAAGGAAUCUGGAGUCCCGCCUGAUAGAUUUGUUCUUUCAACCGUCGUUCGUGCUUGCUCAGCCUUAGAUUUUCUUGAUGGUGGGAGGCAGAUCCAUGGGUAUGCGUAUCGAAGUGGAACAGAAAUGGAUGUCUCGAUAAAUAAUGUGCUCAUAGAUUUGUACUGCAAGUGCUCUAAAGUGAGGAUUGCGCGUCGGCUGUUUGACUGGAUGGUUGUCAAGAACCUGGUGUCAUGGACUACGAUGAUUGCAGGGUAUAUGCAGAAUUCAUCUGAUUUGGAAGCAAUGGAUUUGUUUCUUGAAAUGAUCAAAUUAGGGUGGCAACCCGAUGGGUUCGCUUGUACGAGUAUUUUAAGUUCGUGCGGUUCUUUAAUGGCCUCGAAUCAAGGGAAGCAGGUUCAUGCGUAUGCCAUCAAAGCUAAAUUGGAGUCUGAUGAGUAUGUAAGUAAUGGUCUUGUUGAUAUGUAUGCUAAAUGUGGUUAUCUAGUCGAUGCGAGAGCUGUCUUUGAUGCUAUGAUCGAACACAAUGUUAUUUCUUACAAUGCUAUGAUCGAAGGAUACGCGAGGCAUGAGGAGCUUGUGGAAGCAAUUGCCCUGUUCAAUGGGAUGAGAUCAGGGUCACCGCAUCCAAGCCUCUUGACAUAUGUUAGUCUCCUUGGGUUAUCAGCUUCAUUAUCAGCCAUUGAUUUAAGCAAUCAGAUUCACUGCCUUGUCAUUAAAGCUGGUGUGGCAUUGGACCUUUACGCUGGUAGUGCUUUGGUUGAUGUUUACUCAAAGUGCUUGUGCACUGAUGAUGCCAGAGCUGUGUUUGAUGAGAUGGAUCAGAGAGAUCUUGUGGUGUGGAAUGCUAUGAUUUUUGGGUACACCCAGAAUGCUCAAGGCGAAGAGGCUCUCAAACUCUUCCAUCAACUGUGUGUUGCUGGGAUGAGACCUAAUGAGUUCACUUUUGUUGCACUUGUCACAGUGGCUAGUAAUCUUGCAAGCCUGUUCCAUGGCUUACAAUUCCAUAGUCAGAUCAUAAAAGCAGGUUUGGACUUUGAUCCUCAUGUUUCAAACGCACUUAUUGACAUGUAUGCAAAGUGUGGUUGCAUCGAAGAAGCGUGGGUGUUGUUUGACUCAACUCAUGGAAGGGAUGUUGUUUGCUGGAACUCAAUGAUUUCAAGAUAUGCGCAACAUGGGCAUGCAGAAGAAGCCCUUAAAGUGUUCCAGCUAAUGAGACAUGAGGAGAUUGAACCGAGCUAUGUUACAUUCGUCGGUGUACUAUCAGCAUGUAGCCAUGCAGGGCUCACUGAGGAAGGACUAUGCCACUUUCACUCUAUGAAGGACAAAUACGGGAUCAAACCGGGCAUGGAACAUUAUGCUUCUGUGGUUACGCUUUUGGGUCGUGCAGGGAAAUUGCAGGAGGCAAAGGAAUUUAUUGAGCAGAUGCCUAUUGAACCUGCUGCGGUUCUGUGGAGGAGCUUGCUCAGCGCAUGUCGAGAGUUUGGUAAUGUUGAUUUGGGAAGGUAUGCAGCUGAAAUGGCAAUCUUGAAGGAUCCGAAAGAUAGUGGGCCAUAUGUCCUGUUGUCGAAUAUAUUUGCUUCCAGGGGAAUGUGGGCAGAUGCGGAGAAGGUGAGAAAGGGAAUGGAUUAUAUCGGGGCAGUAAAAGAACCGGGAUACAGUUGGAUUGAAGUAAUGAAGGAGGUGCAUGUAUUUAUCGCAAGAGGUAGGGAGCAUCCAAAGGCAGACUUGAUCUAUUUGGUGUUGGAUGGGCUGAUGCAGCUAAUCAAGGUUUCUGCACAUGAACCUGAAACCACUGAACUUUUAAUGGGCGAUCUAAAUGGUUGAUGUCACAGUAGGAUCAUCGAUUUGUUCUAUCUACAUCAGUGUGGAAAAGAAACGGGUCAUUUUCAGAUUGAAGCAUUAGUGUCAAGAGCCCUGGAGCAUGCUUAUGUAACAGGUUCAGCUGCUACUCAUGACAAAAAAAGAUG